CGUAACACUAGCUACUUCAACAUACUCAUAGAAGAAUGGAACCGGAACCGGAACCGGAACUGAUGACUAGCGACACCAUUGCGGUGCCGAAACCUAUAGGCCCGAAUGAGCCCGAUCCCCAGGAAAAGUACGCUCCCUACGUGAGGCACGACUCCUACGGGAUCAUGGGCCGGGCCCCCCUCCCGUGGACCGAGAAGGUCUUGCUGGGGGUGGCAAUGUUGACGCUUUUGCCCCUGAGGGUGGCGGCCGCGACGACGCUGGUCGUGCUCUGCUACCUGACGUGCCGGAUCUGCACGGCGUUUCUGGGCCCGAACGAGCACGGGAACUACGCGCAUUUGGAGGGGUGGAGGAGGAAGGUCAUCAUGGCCAGCGGCAGGUUCACCGGCAGAGCGCUUCUCUUUGCCUUUGGAUUUUAUUGGAUCGACGAAACCCACCGGUGCCACCAUCACCUCCCUCCUCUAAAGUCAAACCACAAGGCGGGAAGCGAAGAAGAAAGGGCGGGAGUGAUCGUGUCGAACCAUGUGUCUUAUACGGACGUCUUAUACCACAUGUCUUCUUCUUGUGCCAGCUUUGUAGCCAAGAAAUCCGUGGCUAGGCUUCCCCUUGUUGGCCUCAUCAGCAAAUGCCUAGGUUGUAUCUAUGUAGAGAGAGAAUCUAAGACACCAGAUCUCAUUGGUGUUUCAGGUGUGGUGAACCAAAGAAUCCAGGAAGCUUACAAGAACAAGUUCUCUCCAAUGGUGAUUCUUUUUCCAGGUCAAACUAACUCUUGCAAAUUUUUUUCCCAUGAAAUUUGAGGACCCUUUGUUAUAAAUGAACAAAAACAAUGCACUAGCUAAAGACACCAAAACUAGGAGAGUAUCAUGUACAGUUUUUCAUCUCACCAAAAGCUAAAAAACAAAAAGAAAAAAAGUAAACCUACUGGUUCAUCUUCUUCUUCAUUGUUAAAAUGAUGUUUCACAACAGAGGGCACAACAACAAAUGGAGACUUCCUCCUUCCAUUCAAGACGGGUGCAUUUGUGGCAAGAGCUCCGGUCCAUCCAGUCAUCAUACGUUAUCCAUACCGCAGGCUUAGCCCUGCCUGGGACUCCAUUUCAGGGGCUAGGCAUUUGAUUCUUCUUCUCUGUCAAUUUGUAAAUCAUAUGGAAGUGAUCCGGUUACCAGUAUACUAUCCCUCACCACAAGAAAAGGAUGAUCCUAAACUAUAUGCAGAAAAUGUCCGCAGGUUUAUGGCUCACGAGGGAAGUCUGAUACUGUCAGAUAUUGGAUUGGCAGAGAAGCGAGCAUAUCUUAGUGCUUGUAACGGUGACACAAGAACUACUGCUAACAAUCAUCAGAAAGUCAAUUGAUACAAAUAUGGAUUGAUGAGCAGCUUGUAGUAAAGUUAUGGCAUUCCC